AUGUCGCACCUGGUCACACGGCCACGACACAGCAUCAUCAACCAAGCGUUCGAGAGCAAGCUUCGCUUCCCGUCCGCGCGACCACUGAACGCAGACGGCUUCGGAAUAGGCUGGUACGACCCCGUACUUGCGGGACAGCCUAGCUUGCUUCUGGCGGGAGAGGAGGACUCGACGCCUGCGACGCCGCAGCCGACAUCGCCCCAGAUCGCAGCGACUGCUGUUGCGGAUGCGAAGGUCGCUUCUGGACAGGUGGACCCGACACUGAGGACGGAUACGCCCUCCCCUCUCGAUGCAGGAACGGGGGGCGUCUCGGCGUGCGUCAACGGUGCUGUCAGCCCCGUGGCUGACGACGACCAGACGGAGGCGGAGCGCGUGGCCUCCGUGCGGCAUCUGCGCAAGCGGGAACGGGAAGAGGAGGACGAGCGGCCGUGUGUCUUCAAGUCCAUCUCCCCGGCAUGGAGCAACGCAAACCUGCUCCGUCUGGCCGAGAAGAUCCGUUCGCCGCUCAUUUUCGCUCACGUGCGCGCGUCGACCAUGUCCGGAGCGCCAAGCGAGGACAACUGCCACCCCUGGGUCUUUGACCGGCUCAUGUGGAUGCACAACGGGGAGAUCAACGAGUUCCCGCGCAUCAAGCGCGCGCUCCAGGCCGCUUUGCCGGAGGAGCUAUUCCUCUUUCCCGCGGGCUACACCGAUGCCGAGUGGGCGUUCAUGGUCUUCCUGAGCCAUCUGCGGGAUCCGCACGCAAAGCACUUCUCCCACGCCGAGCUGCGCGAUGCCAUGAUGAAGACGAUCCGCACCAUCAACGACCUGAGCAAAGAGGCGGGCAUCACGGGCCCGAGUCUCAUGAACUUUGUCGUGUCUGACGGACACACGGUCAUCGCCACGCGGUACAUUAGCUCGAGGACGAGCGAGGCCAGUUCCCUCUUCUUCUCCUCUGGGACCAGCUUUGACGAGUACGACCCUGGAGAGGGCAUGUACCGCAUGACGAAAGCCGACAAGCGCGAGCGCAUCAUCAUGGUCGCGUCUGAGCCGCUCACGUUUGAGAGCAAGGACUGGAUCGAGGUCAAGACCAACACCAUGGUUGUCAUCACCCCGAAUAUCCCCAUCAUUGACGAGUACUGGGUCUCGCCGCAGGACCCAGCCGCGCACCAUCGUGACCCCGAGUUCGCGAUCCAGUCUGGCUAUGGCCUCGGCUUCAACUACAACCGUUCUGCCAUCGCGGCCUAA